AUGGACAAUUGUAAGGAUCACAUUACGCCCAUCAUCCGUAGAGAUUCUACAGAAUGCAGCUUUGGGUGGAGGCGGGCUGGUAGGCUGUUUAGUGUGUUCACCCCCUGUCAACUGGUGUGUAGAUUAUUAGAGUGGGAUAGUAGUUUAGGGUGGAGCGAGAGAGUGUGGAGUUGUUGGGUGUGGGCACUUGUUGCAGAACAACCAACCAACCACCCUGUUCUGCUCUGCUGUGGGAUUGCCAUUGCUGCUGUCAUCGUCAUCGUGAGUGAAAGUGACAGUGCUGCUGCAGUGCAGUACACAAGGCGGGGCUGUGUCGCAGCCACAAUGGCCGCGCCGCCUGGACGGGGCGGGGCACUGGUGCGAUCUGUGGGAAGGCUGCUGGAGCGUAGCCUUCGCGGGUCUGAUUCCCCUCGGGGGCUCAGACUUUCCGGCAUGCAGUUGAGGGUGACGAGACCUGACCAGCGGUUGCGGCAGGUGGUCCCAAUGCUGCCAAGGGCGUUGCCUGGUGGGGUGCCUUGGGGUUGUCGAGCGCCACCCGAGCGUGGAUUUUUGAGUGCUGGCGAUGGGGAUGAGGAGAGUGGAUUGGCUAAGCAUUUCGAAGAGGAUCGUGUUAUUGGGCACACACCGCAGCAGGUGUUCGAUGUGGUGGCAGGCGUUGAUACGUAUGCGGAUUUCGUACCUUGGUGCCUGAAAUCAAAGGUCUUGUGUCGCAAAGACAACAAAAUGGACGCAGAGUUAGAGAUUGGAUUCAAGGUUUUUGUUGAAAAUUACAUCUCUCAUGUCGAACUUAAGCCUCCCGACCUGAUUAAGACAACAGUUUCACAAAGUACUCUAUUCGACUUCUUAAAUAACGAGUGGCAUUUCAAGCCUGGUCCAACUCCCGAUUCUUGCCAUCUCUUUUUUGUGGUUGAUUUCCAGUUCAAGUCAGCUUUGUAUCGAAAGGUGGCCAAUAUUUUUUUCAGUGAAGUGCAAGCUCGCCUUGUCGACUCAUUUGAAGAGCGAUGUAAAAUUGUUUAUGGUCCCAGCGUGGAAAUCGUGACGAGGAAAAAAAAUAAAAAGUAACGUUUUUGUGAGACUCGAUGUGUGAAAACGAGAAGAUGAUGUUAGUUCCAUCUGGUGCAUUGGAUUCCAUCGCAAUGGUGGCUUUGGAGUCUGGACAUUUCUUAAGCAUUUUUGUUGCAGGUAUUAUGGAAUGAUUCUUAAGUCUAAGCGAAGAUGCAGCACAAUGUUUUAUGCUUCAAUCCUCAACCACCUGAUAUUUCCGGCUGUUAA